AUAUCAGAUUAACACAUAAUAUUCUUUCUUCUACCAUCAUUCAUUGUUCCAUUUUCCACAUUAAUUUCACCGAUUAAACUAUAACCUUCUCAAUCAUUCUAUUUAUAUAUACCUUAAUUACUAUCAGUUAUGUAGAAAAACUCACUGCACCUUUUCUAUGUCUGAAACAGCUUCCACGACCAAGCCAAUGGAAGAUGUUCCUUCACUGAUUUACAAAAACCCCAUUAGGAGAAACUCUAGGCGAUCUACAAUGUAUCUGGGCGUGAGAAGAAGGCCAUGGGGAAGAUAUGCUGCUGAGAUUAGGAACCCUUACACCAAAGAGAGACACUGGCUAGGCACUUUUGACACUGCUGAAGAGGCUGCUAUUGCCUAUGAUCUUUCAUCUAUCAACAUUUCUGGUAUCAAUGCUCGAACCAAUUUUCAUUACCCUUUUCUGUCUCUUCCGCCACCUCCUAUCUCAUUGCCUCCUCCGCCGCCGCCACCUACCCCGGAGCUACAUCAAAGUGUUGGAGUUUGUCCGGAGAUGAACUCUGCUUUCGAUGGCGAUGAUGAAUCUCUGGUUAUUGCUUCCAUUUUGCAAAGCUUUUCUAACUCUGGUAACUGUUCUUUUUAGUUUUUUAUUCCAAUGAGACCUGAGAAAAGGUUAUAAUCAGCAUUUGUUAUUACUUUAUGGCUUCUACACGGAAAAUUCUACGUAUUCAAUCACCUGCAGCGAACCGCUAUUUAUUCA